CGAACAAGGCUCCCUGAACUAAAAAGGACCCUUGAAGGCAUCGUCAUUGCAUCACUAGGGACUGCAACAAGUCACAAGGCCACCCUCAAAAAAGCACAAUUGCCCCUGGCCAUCUCCCGCCCGGUUGACGCCAUUAAAUCGAAGCACCCGCUAUCGGCGCCGGCGUCGACAAGACAGAAUUACAUCAGCGUGCAGAGAUUUUGCAAAAACUCGUCUCUGCUACUUAUUAGCCGCCGACUUCCAAGGGCCCGUCCCUGGAACGUUCUUACCCGCCAAUCCCCGACCGCAACUUCCUUCCAAUUCUAGAGUGACUUACAAAAGGUCGCUCCUUCAGAACUAGCAGCCAUGCCCCACCGCGUGGCCAACUUCCUCCGUACUUCAUCGGGCAACAUUGCACAGAUCAAGAAGGUCGCACGAUCACGCACAAACAGCCCUUACACAUCUGAUGGUGAGGAUCGAACAGAAGUUCACGCCGUCAGAAUGCCAGACCUCGCAGACGCCGUCAAGAAGCACCACCGCAUCUCACUGCCUUUUGGCAAGUCGAGCAAGGAGCAGGUUUCAGCCGUUUCCAUCGACUGGAGCAUCGAGAGCCCCCCGGUUGUCUUCCAUGGCAACGCCGAGGACAGCACCGGAGCCCUCAUCACGGGCCAGAUGUUCCUUGAUGUCAAGGAGGAGGCUGUCGAAAUUGGCAGCUUCUCGGCAUCCCUGAAGCUUCAUGUCUUCCAGAAGCGACCCUUCCAGAGCCACUGCACGGAUUGCCAGAACCAGUACACUGAGCUCCAAGCCUGGCAACUGCUCGCUCACCCUACCACUCUUCGAAAGGGUCGUCACGCAUAUCCCUUCUCUAUCCUCCUUGGUGGUCACCUCCCCGCUACCAUGGAUACCCCCCUGGCCGCCGUCUCCUACGAGUUCAAGGCCGAUGCCUACGUCACUCGCGGCAUCAACUCUACCUCUGGCACUUGCGCACCCGUGCGAUUUGAGAGAACUAUUCCCGUGAAGCGCUCUCUGCCCGAGAACGAGAUCCCUCACCACUCUGUCCGAGUCUUUCCUCCCACAAACAUCAAGGCCAGUGCCCACUACAACAACGUCAUCCACCCCACCGGUACCAACUCAGUCAGCCUACGACUCGAUGGCUUGAUGAGUCGUAACGAGAAGGCCAAGACUAUUGAUUUCUGGCGACUAAAGAAGGUUACCUGGAGGCUUGAGGAGACGAUCAAGACUGUGGCUCCCGCCUGUGAGCGACAUGCUCCCGCCCAAGCUCAAGACCCCGAGAAGAAGGGUCUUCCUCGGAACGAGGUUCGUGUCCUGGGUGAGAAGCACCUGCACGAGGGCUGGAAGUCGGACUUUACCGGUACCGAUGGCAAGGUUGAGAUGGAGUUUGACUACUUUGCCAACCAGUACAAGUCUCACAGCAAGGAGCUGAAGUAUGCUUGCGAUACCAAGUCCCACGAUGGCAUCGAGGUGACCCACUCGCUCCUCAUUGAGCUGGUCGUGUCCCGAGAGUACGCGCCCGAGGGCAAGCCACAACUCGCAACACAAACGGGCACCGGCCGCAUUCUGCGGAUGCACUACGGCGUUGUCAUGACGGACCACGCCGGCAUGGGCGUCAGCUGGGACAACGAGGCCCCGCCUGUCUACCAGGACGUGCCCCCAAGCCCCCCGGCCUAUCCUGUGCAGGAGUCCCCCAUUGAGUACGAGAGCCUGGAGCAACUCGAUGCUCACCGACUCAGUGUUUCCAACUCUUCCAUUGACAGCCGACAAUCCUGAAACCGCCGGCAACCGCUCAACAUAUCCUCUUCUCGCAUUAAUACUCUUACUGGCAUAAAUUGCCGCAUGUUUUCUUUGUUACAACUCCAUGAGAUACGCGGCGAUCUGAUUUGAAAAAGCGAUAUACCCACCAGCGUUGAAGGAAGACAGAGAUGCUUCCACAUUUACAAAGGAACGGGACUACAGGACACAUGGGAAUGACGAAAAAAAGGUGUUGGGUGUGCAAGACACACAGAGAACAGGUCACGAACGGGUGGGAUGAAAACAGAUCCCAUGUGUUGGAAAUACCAAGCGACGAAAGCCACUGUAUCUUAGUAGCCAUGAAUAGCCCAGGCCGCCCAAAAAGGAGCAGGCUUCGGAGGCAUCAUGAUAAUCAUCAAGAGAAAGAUGACAC